AUGUCACAGCCUUCGGUCAAUACUGGUCAGUUGGUAGUGUUACCUACUCGUAUGCACUUACUGCUGGAGACAGCGCCACCUCAAAGUGCCCAAUCUGCUCAAAUUGUUCCAGCGUCCAACGCUGCCACACUACAGUGGUUGGUAUGGGACUCUGUGGCCAGCUUCGCAAAGAGAGAGCUUGUGCGUUGUGGCAAAGGUGUCGCCGAGAUCCUGACAAAAAAUUCUGGUCCAGGCUGUGUACGGGUGUAG